CCUGCAUUCUAGUUCUAUGUUCUAUUAUUAUCUGUGAUUUAUAGGUAAGGAAAAUUUAAAUAGCUAGUAAGUGGCAGAGCUAAUAUCCAAAUUCAAGAUGCAAAUAACAGAAGAUCCAAAGGGGACUCAUGAUAAGAAAAAUUUGAUAGUAGAUUCAUAAAUUUGGACAUGAAGUCUUUUUACUCAUCCAUUGUAGAUCAGAAGGCAGAUGGUGGUUUUUAAUCAUUCUCUGAAUAACUUGCAAUUUCUUAGCUAAUAAAAUAAUCAAAUUUAAACCAAAGGGCGGCAAUGGCACCAGUGAAAAAGCUUGUGGUGAAGGGGGCCAGAAAAAAGAAGCAGGUCCUGAAGUUUACUCUUGAUUCUACCCAUCCUGUAGAAGAUGGAAUCAUGGAUGCUGCCAAUUUUGAGCAGUUUCUUAAGGAAAGAAUCAAAGUGAAUGGAAAAGCUUGGAAUCUCGUUGGAGGUGUUGUAACAACUGAAAGAAGCAAAAGCAAGAUCACUGUAACUUCCGUGGUGCCUUUUUCCAAAAGGUAUUUGAAAUAUCUCACAAAAAAAUAUUUGAAGAAGAAUAAUCUCCGUGAUUGGUUACGUGUAGUGGCUAACAGCAAAGAAAGUUACGAAUUACGUUACUUCCAGAUUAAUCAAGAUGAAGAAGAGGAGGAAGAUGAGGAUUGAAACUCAGUUAUCUGGAGUAUUUUGUAUGAAUUCUUAAAUAAAAUUUAGGAAACAAAAUGGUGGUUUUCCUGGUAUCUCUGCAGCGUGGAUUG